AUGAUCCUUCGUUUUCAUAGUCGUUCUUCCUCGGUCUUUCAUUCCAUCGUUCAUCUUUUAGCCUUUCACUUUCUUUCUCGCUUUCAUCGGUCUAUCUCUCUAUCUCUUGUUUCCUGCUUCACCUCCUCCCUUUCCUCUUCCUUCGUAUUUUUGUCUCACUCCUUCUACGCUUUCUUUCGCUUUCUCAUCCUCCUUCCUUCGUUUGCUAUUCCCUAUCUUCGUCCAGCUACUCAUCUCUUUUUAAUCCUCGUCCCCUACCUCGUCUUUAUUGUUCUUCACCCCCCUCACUUCCUCGCUGUUUUUCCUUUGACUCUCCUCUUAUCUUCCUCGCUUUUCUCCUCUCUUAUUCCUCGCUUUUCUCUCUUUCUAUUCCUCCUUCGCUCUGUCACACUACUUCCCUUCCUGAUCGCCCUGCUGUCUCGCCUCUUCCUCGUCUUGCUUUUUCUUUCUUAUUCCAUCUCUAUCCAGUUUUUCUCUUUUUUUCUCUUCAUUUUCCGGCUCUUCGUUCCUAUUCUUUUUUCCUUUUUCUCCCCUUCUAUCUCUACAUUCCUUUCUCGUCGUCUUUCUUUUCUCCUCCCUUUCUACUCUUUCUGGUCGUCCUACGCUACGCCUCUUCCUCCUCUUUUCAACUUCCUUUCCACAUCGUCACCGACGUCUUAUCGUUGCCUUUUUCCUCCCAUUUCUUCACUUGCUCUUCCUCUCUUUCUCUUUCUUAUUCACCACAGCCAAUCCCCCUUUUUCUCUCUCUCUCUCUCUCUCACACACACACACACACACAUCUUUAUUCACACACUUCUUUUUAAUUUCUACCUCUUCCUUCUUAUUUACUCCCACCUACUCCUACUUAUCGAUAUUUCUCUCUUUAAUUCUCUUUAUUUCCCGUCUUUCUCUCUCUCUCUCUCUCUCUCUCUCUCUCUCUCUCUCUCUUAUAUAAGUCCUUAA